AUGCUGCUUUGCAUAGGCGCACCGGAGGUGUUCCAGCUCCAGCCGUACCCUCGAGAUGCAGCUGUCGACACGGGAGUUGCGAAGUCGCCGUCAGCAGAGCAGGCCGGAUUCGCCCGGCAGCUGACGGCGCGUUACAGCGCGCCAGAUGCUUCGUCGGAGGCGGUUAUAGGCGUAUGCGCAAGCAACUGUAACCAGUACCUCUUUGUGCUCACUUCCAGGGUGCUCCAUGUCUACAACAACUUCGAGCCGAAUAUCCAUGUUGGUCACCUGGCGCUCAGCAAGGAGUGGUACGCGCGUUAUGGAUCGUUCUGUGGCAUGCAAAUGGUCCCUGGCCUGCGGACAUUGUGCCUGCUUUUGGAGAGGAGGGACCGGGUACUCGUAUGCGCAUACGACGCCCAGCUCGGUCUGGAGGGAAGCAACGGAUCCGAUUAUGGGAGACACGGAACUUCUUCCAGCCACGGCACGCCGCUAAAUGGGCGUAGCACGCCCAUGAGCGCGCCUUCACUUCCAGGAUCGCCGUUACGUGUGCCGCCAAGGAUAGUGGUGGACGCAAGUCUGCGCAGGAAGAGCAGUCAGGAGACGACCUCCAUCAAGCAGUUGAGGGCGCAGUAUGACAAAGCGCUCACGCCUAUCCGCAUUAAGCCGUUGCUGGUGCUCACUCUGCCGUCUCCAGUUAGCGAUGUCACUUUCGCCGAGGGGCAGAUGUACUUCUGGACGACCGAGCAACCGGGGAUGUACGUCACGCUAAGCCCGGAGGGGUUCGUGAACUACCUCGCCUGCAGGACGGCAGAUGAUGAGCCUGGAGAAGUGAGUCUGGAGCUGCAUGGAACAAACCUGGUGCAAGACAUGGCCGUUAACGGCACAGUGUCACCAUCGCACGGGCUCUGCUACCUCGCAUUCGGCGACUCGCUCUACGCCAAGAUCGAUGACGCCACUCAGGGUCCGGCGGACUUGGAGGUCCUAUAUAACACUACAGGAGCCCCCAUCAGCAGCCUCGUGCAUUGGGUAACCAUGACAUGCUUCAGGCAGGGUACGGGGCUCUUGCCGCCGGAGUUCGCCCUGAACAGGUUUAGCGCCGACUCCUUGCUAAACGAUCUGGAGAACAGCGUAUUACCUGGAAAGUACACCUUGGAUGAGCUCAUUGACGAUGUUAAGUUCCGGCAGGUGAUCAUGGCACGGAACUCAAACAGCUGCCUCAUAGUCACGGAAAGCGGGGCGCUGGUAGCGCUUCAUAUCGCACGAGUAAAAUCGGACCAUAUAGGACAGCUGGUAUAUAGGGAGGGGGUGGAACGGGUGGCUGCAGUGGGAUCCAAUGUUGUCAUUCACGUGAACGGGGAAAUAGUCGUUGCGUCCUGGACAGACAGUGGGAUCAAAGAACAUUGGUCGUACAAGCUGGAAAACGUCCGAGGCCUAGCCGCGCAUAACGAUGUUAUUGUUGCCCUAUACAACACCGAUGGGUUCGUUUGCUUUAAUACGUUGGGUGCUAUACUCGCGCACCGCAGAAGCCGUACUAAAUGUGCUGCGCCCAUGUCGGCCUGCGUUGCCGCCCAGGGGCUAGCAUUAAUCGCAACCGGAGAUUCCUCGUUCAUCAAGUACCGUCUGUACAAUACGGGGUACAACGAGAUGCAUUGCUCUAACCCGAAGAACAACAGCAUGGCUUUUGUUGGGGAGUCGGAUAUCCUGAUCUUCCACACCAGAGCGUUGGAGGGCACCUAUGGCAUACCGAGCAAGGUGCUCGCCGAAGACAGAAAUAACCACGCAUAUGACAACAACGACCUACUCGGUGAUCUGGACUGCACGCUGCACGCAGUGUCACUGAGUGCACUGGACACCGGUAUUGGGGGAUGGCCGUUGAUGCACGUAGCCCCUAACCCAAGUGGCAGCUGCUUGCUGUGCUCGACGCCAAAUGCGUCGGCAAUCUACGACGGAGAAUGGCGAUGGUUCGGGGAUGACCUCGGCCCGACGAUCGCCACGGGAUGGAUCAACGACAACAUAUGUUUUGUGGUGGUGAAGCUAACCAUGCCGUUUGUUAUUGCCAACAGGACCUUCGAAAGUGUUGAUAGCAGCGGUGACUACAUCGAUAUUGGGGGCUGGGGGACGUCGUAUUGCCACUUCUACCACGUUGACGACCUAACAAAAGCGAUUGAGGUUUUGCCGAUCCGGACCUCGCCGCUAAGCUGCACAGUCUACGGCGAGACGCUGUACGUCGUCGACGACGCAAAUAUUAUCGCUGGGUACCAUCUAAGAUACGACACUGGCAGUUACAAGUUUGAUGAGGUGCUAAGGGCGAGGAUAAAAGGUAAAGCGCAGGGAAAUAUCAGGGAACUGCAUUGCCUGGAAGAGAACCACUUCGCGUUGCUGGACGACAGAGGCAUCGUCUACCGAGUGCUAAAGGGCGAACUGACGAGAGUAAUCGAUCAAUGCAGCAGCAUUACCUCAGCUACACAUGUAUCUGGCGCUGCGGAGAAGGUGGUGUUGCUCUGCAGUCUGCGAUUCCGUGAGCAGGUGGUCAUGGUAACUGCUGAUCGGGUGGUUGUUAUUGAAGCUCAAAUAACUCCCGCGGCUCUCGUUAACGAGGGUGUAGUUGCGUACCUCCUGAAUGCUUUCGAUGCUGACGACAGCGUCCAAAAGGUGCGAAUUGCAAAACUGAUGUUGCCCAUUGAUGAUGUUGACGAUGCGCUUCUAAGUCCCUUCCACAUCGAUCUGCUCGACAUGAUGUUAACUGUUGCAACGGCUGCAGGCGCUGAGGUAGAACCUGAAUUCAAGGAAAGGUUCGCCAAGCUGCCCGGUGAUGUGCAGCGGCGGCUGCUUGCCAGGCAAUCCAGGAAACAUUACGUCAAGGAGGAUAUCGAGAAGCUCGAAAGCGCUUUCGGGUGUUCUAUCGCAAGUGUAUUUGAGGGGAUGCUGAGCUCCAAACGUGUCGCUGAAGCCAGCUUCAUGCUGCUGGCAUUGCAGUCCGUCACGGACCCCCUGACGGUGCGCAACACGUACAACGUGAAAUUGCUUCAUAUGCUGGCCAAAGAGUUUUCCACACAGAAGACUAAGGACAAUUUGACCCAGCUAUUCAACUCGUUGUUGAGUUUUCAAAACCAUGUGGAAAAUGUGCAGGGUUUGAACGUCAGGGAACUGGUGAAGGCUUUGUUCAGUGAGUGCAACUUCAUGGGAGUGUACAAGUUGUGUCAACUGCUCAUCGUCGAACCAUCGUCUCUUAUCCAAUCUAUGAGAGAAGAACUCGCCGAUAUGUUUGUUUGGGGCAUAUGCCGGCCGCAGUGCCGCGACAUGCAACUUGUGGGUCGGCAGCGCCGACAAACCGGUGUCACAGCAGCGGAAAAUGCAGAUAUGAAACAUGAUACAACAGAAGAUGGCAAUGAAGAUCAAGAAGCGUCGGAGCCGAUUUAUCCGGAGCAUACAGAAGCGGAAUACGAAGAUGUGAGCCGCGUUAAGAUCGAGGGUCUAAGCAUCGAAAGCUCUGAUCUUCAUUCAACCGAAGUCGAUUCAGAUGACAUGCAGCAAGAUGAUGACCAUACAACUGAUACGGCACAUGUGAAAAUUAUCAGCUGCGCGAAAGAGGCGCCGAGUUUUGCAGCGUGCGCUCAAGAUACAGAUCAGCCUGUGGACAGAGAGGAACGAUCAUCACACACUGCUGCUGAAAGUGGUAGCAAGCACGUGGUUGACGUGGCCCAGAUGGUAGUUGCCUUGCAGGCACACCUCAGUCUCCUGGGCGAGAGGGAAGAGGCCCGAGUGAGCGACGCCCAUAUCAAGGCACGCAACGACAUAAUGCGUGAGCAGCGCAAAAUACCAGUUAAGGUGUCACCUUACGCAGGUACCACAAUGUGCAGCUAUUUCUACGACGUAUUUAUCGCACAAAAUCUGUUCGUGCCGGCAAUAGCUAUCGCCAUUGCCUGCCGCAACUUCGUUGCCGUCUCGCAGGUUAUCCUCAAGGACCCGGAGGCAAGGCAUGUUGUGCGGCACGUGCUCACACACGACUGCAGCUGCAGCCGUUGCGGGUCCAAAUUCAACCUCAUCAAGCACUGCCUCCUCGAGGCCAAGCGACGUUUCACGCAAUAG